AGUACUAGAAUAUUUGUCAAAAACAUAUUACUAGUAUCGUGUUAAAGACAGCUCAAGCUGUAUUUUCCUCUAUUCCAAUUUCCAUUUGUCAUUGAAUAAUUCAAGGAAUCCAUGAUAUUAAAAAGUCACAUCAGGGCAUUAUAUUCCUAAAAUCUGGUUUCUUAUUUUGGAACUUCCGUUCUAUCUCAGCAGCUUCUUGAAUCCUCAAAAAGGUAAAUUUGUGAAUGUGCUCGUUUUCUUGAUUCCUAGCAUCUUAUUGAAAUUAACAAAAGAAAAAAUCAGUCUUUUUUGAAAGAUCUGAUAGUAAUAUGGAGGAGAAGCAACUGUUGUUUGAAAAGUAUGAAAUAGGGAAGCUAUUAGGCAAAGGAACUUUUGCAAAAGUGUACUAUGGGAAAGAACUAUCAACAGGGGAAAGUGUAGCCAUAAAAGUGAUCAAGAAAGACCAAGUCCAAAAAGAAGGAAUGAUGGAGCAAAUCACACGAGAAAUCUCAGUGAUGCGUCGCGUUCGCCAUCCGAAUAUUGUAGAACUCAAAGAAGUUAUGGCUACAAAGUCCAAAAUCUUCUUCAUAAUGGAGUAUGUUAAAGGGGGUGAGCUCUUUGCAAAAUUAGUAGCCAAAGGGAAGUUGAAUGAAGAAUCAGCACGAAAGUACUUCCAACAAUUAAUAAGUGCUGUUGAUUUUUGCCAUAGCCGAGGGGUCUAUCACCGCGAUUUGAAGCCUGAAAAUCUCCUUCUCGACGAGAAUGAGGACUUGAAAGUAUCUGAUUUCGGGUUAUCGGCUUUGCCUGAUGAGCAGUUGAGUAGAAAUGAUGGUUUGCUUCAUACUCAAUGUGGAACUCCAGCUUAUGUUGCUCCUGAAGUUUUAAGGAGGAAAGGAUAUGAUGGUGCAAAAGCUGAUAUUUGGUCAUGUGGGGUAAUCUUGUAUGUACUUGUAGCUGGUUUUCUUCCAUUCCAAGAUGAGAAUUUGAUGAACAUGUACAAGAAAAUUUUCAAAGCUGAUUACGAAUUCCCUAUGUGGUUUUCAGUAGAUUCAAGACGUUUGAUAUCUAAACUUUUAAUGGCUGAUCCAGAAAGGAGGAUAACUAUUCAAGGUAUAAUGAGAGUUCCAUGGUUUAGGAAGAGUUUCACAAUUCCAAGGGCGUUUUCGAUCCAAGAUUUGCAAAAGCUAGAAAAAGAACAAGAAAAUGAUGAUGAAGAGGGAAUGAGCAGCAAGCAAGGAGGAAUCAUUAGGAAAUCACCUUCAUCCCCUGCAUUUUUCAAUGCAUUCGAGUUGAUUUCGUCGAUGUCCUCGGGUUUUGACUUGUCUAGUUUGUUUGAGAUCAAAGGGAAGGCUUCAUCCAUGUUCACUUCAAGAAGUUCUGCUAGGGAUGUAAUGAGGAAAUUAGAGAAAAUGGCUAAAGUUAUGAGAUAUAAGGUUUACAGGUCAAAACCAUUCAAGUUAAAGAUGCAAUGCCCCGAGGAAGGCCGGAAAGGGCGGUUGUUGGUCACCGCCGAGGUGUUUAAGGUGGCACCGGAGGUUACUGUCGUCGAGUUCUUAAAGUCCUCCGGCGACACCUUGGAGUAUAACAAGUUUUGUGAAGAGGAAGUUAGACCUGCUUUGAAGGAUAUUGUUUGGACAUGGCAAGGGACUAGUAGUGGAAAUGCUCAAGUUGAUAACAAAGAGGACUUGGAGCAAUAGGAUUUGGUACAUAAUUUGUACAUUCUUCGCCUUCUUUUGGGUUUGUAUCUCGCUCUCACCGGCCGACUGAUCGAAAUAGACUGGACUAGAGAGGUGUUUAGCUGGAUUUUGUAAAGUUGCAAGACUGUAAAGUCAUAUGCAAAAAUUGGUCAGGUUUGAUAUCAAAGCAUUUGAAUUUUGCUUCGUUCAUUAGCAA